CACUACUUCCAAUAAGAAGUGUAAAGUGGGGGUAAAACAAAGGGGUUGUUGUAAUGACAUAUUAUUUAUGCAAUAUUGAUUUGAAUAAGUGUCUUGUCUUCUAUUUUAGUGCUAAAUGGUCUUUAAAAUCAAUUAUUGUGUACGGAUGCGUUCUGUUCUUAGGCGGGGAAAAGAGAUUUAGUCACUAUCGACCCGUUAGUCUAACCAGUACAGUUGCCAAACUAAUGGGAAAGAUUAUUCGGAUGACUGUUAUAAACCAUGUGGAAGGGCAUAGUUUUUUAUACAGGGGACAACAAGAUUUUCGUAAAGGCCUAUCAUGCUUGACAAAUCUGCUAGUUGCAAGCGGAGAUUGGGACGUAGCAAAAGGCCGAAUAAUCCUUGUAGAUGUGAUUUUCAUAGAUCUAAGUAAAGCCUUUGAUACGGCCUUCCAUUCAGAUCCUAAAUUAAAACUGGAAAGUUUAGGAAUCCAUCAUAAAAUCAUAGGCUAGCUUAGUGACUUUGUCGAUGAUAGGAGAAAGCAGGUAAGGGUAAAUGGAGCUCUCAGUGUGGGGACCUGUAAAAAUAGAGGUUCCUCAACGUAUAAUCCUUGGUCUUCUUUUUUACUUUCUUCAAAUGAGUUUUCGACUGUAGCGAAGCCAUCCGUCCUACUCUUCGCCGAUGAUAAAGAUUUGGAGACCUAUGCACACUAUGUCAGAUAAAAUAAUAUUACAGAAUGAUCUCAAUUCGUUGGUGGCAUGGACUAGUGGGUGGUCACUAGAAGUAAAUUUCAACAGGAGUGUGGUGAUGCAACAACUUGUGUUACCCAAGGUAAUGGACUACAAAGAUUUAGGAGUCAUAAUAAGCAGCGACUUCGAAACAAUGGGCAACUGCAAGGCUGCUGCUGCCAAAGGCUUUGGGGCAUUAUGAGCUGUUCGUAGGUCUUUCCAGUACUUGGACGAAGAGAUGAUUAGAGUAUUAUACCCAACCUUCGUGAGACCGCAUCCGGAAUAUGGGUAACCAUAGUCCAUGUGGCCCAUAUUGAACUCAUUUGUUUGUAAUACUGUAAAUCCGGCCUCUUCAGAUCUGCCCCUAAAUGGUUGUUUUGUUAUUUAAUUUCUCAGGGAAUAAUCUAUUGUUUGUAGAUCCAUUUAUUUCAGGGACUCAACAGUUAUUCAGUUACAAUGCUGACAAAGUACUGGCUCUUAAGCACCUCGAGUGAUAUUACUUGAAGGUUUAAAAUUCUUUUCCCUUCAUAAUGCAAAAUAUGUUAUUUCAAUACUGGUAGGUUCAAGUGUUUAGUUUAGUCAUAGAUUGUAAUUCAGUCUGUAUCGACAAAGUCAACUUUGAUUCAUAAUAAAACGAUAGCUAUCGGGUUGAUGGAUGUAAAAAUCUCAGUAUAUGUUUAAAUUUUACUAAACAUCCCCUGUGCCACUGGCGAAAUAUCUACUUUUCAAAGGGUUGGUAUAUUGCAUAGUAGUUUGCCCUAUGACACUUCACGCGGAUAAAUAUUGACUUUUUGAAGCAUCUGGUAUGAACAGGUUGCAUGUAUUCGAUAAGUUGCUUCAAAGCAUUGCUCAAAGGUAAUUGGAUAGGUAAUGCAGAAGUAAAAACUAGUAAGUGGAAAUGAUGAACUAGCUAAUAAGGUAAACCCAACACGCUAAAUCUACCAGUCGCCACUUAUUAUGGUGCUGCUAUAAGCUAGUCAAUGGAAAAUUAAAAGAGGAUCAGAUUAAAACAGUAUUGGUUCACAAGGUCAUUCAUUGUUAGUGUAGACUAAGUCAGGAGUUACAGAUGUUUUGGUUUGGGUUCACGAAAUAGUUAUGACACUGAAGAUUUUGGAUUACGACCAAGAACAACUGUACCUGACGUCGAUGCAUCAAUUCUUCAUAUUCCUUUGGCUUAUCAGUUUUGCUCCUGUUGAAGUGUUUUAUAUCUAGUUUUCAACCACUAAAGCUGUUAUUUGAUAGAAUAAAGCGACCUGCAUAAUUUUGUCAGGUCCUAUGUAAUUACUAUCGAUCUGAAUGUGACCCAUCGGUUCGCAUUUGAACGCUUAAACAACAGAAGCGUAGCUUGACAGGUAAAUAAAUCCCUUAAAAUUAUCAGUUAUGACUUAAGCUAGCUAGCUCCAUACAAUAUAACAAAUUUUAAUUUUGUGAAAAUUGUUACCUCAAAAGCUCGACUUUUAAAAUAUGUAGUGGAACAGUAGAAAGAUUAAAUUGGUUGAUUCUAUACACUUGCAAAUAGUUAAUACAAGUCCUAUUGUCUAUGUACUUAACUCACAUACUACAAAUUUAUGCAGUUGCUUUGAGCUACACCAUAUUAUACCUUGUGAUACUAAUCGGUCAGCAAAAACUGAAGUAGACAGUGAAGUUUAAACCGGUUGGAAUCAAAAUGUUUUAAUCGCUAAACUAUGGACUCAUAUCAACUUAAAAGAUUGUAUCCACAGUUUGCCUACAGUAUCUGUAACCUGACAUAAAUUUACUCAUACCCGCUCUUAUUUAUCCCAUAAAUAUUUUUCGUUUAUUCAACCGUAGUGUUUUUCACAUGAAUGUAGGUGCUGAAUGUUUGCUAGUUUCCUUAUCUUUUGUUUGCCUAACAUUUGUCAGUGUAUUUAGUUCGUUCGAUUACACUUGUCCCAACCUAUUUAUUGUUUAGUUCCCCAUAUGUUGUCAGUAACCUACUAAUUUAUUACUGGGUUCUCUUUGUUAGUCUGUUACUAUCAUCAUAUUACUUCAGAGUUGAACUUACCAUCGUUAUUUAAAUGUGAUUAGUCUAAUACAUAUAUGUACGUAAAUCCUUUCUCAUUCUCGAUAAUAUGAGUAGUUUUUUAUUAGAAUUUAAAAGAUCAGUUGCCUUAUUUUCUCUUUCAUGUUCAGUAAAAAGUUAUUUAAUGUUUCACUUCAUAUUUUUAUUAUGGGUUUUGGUAGCUAGUAGUAUUUUCAGUUAACUUUUUUACUUUAGCAUGAAGUUAUCCAAGUUUUCUUAAUAAGUUAUUUUCUGUCAUUUUAGUUAUGUUAGAUGAACUACCGCAUCGAGUUAAUUGGAAAGACAGUAAUACUACUAUUGGGAGUGGUUUAACAAGUCUUACGACUGGUUUUCAUGAAACGCACAAGGAAAGAUUUGGAGAUUGUGUUGGAAGUUGGACGAACCUAGAAGAUUGCAGACUGCUUGAUCAUGUCUCUCGAUUGGGUGAAAAUCGUUGGAAUCUUAUUGGAAAAAAACUUGGCAAGUCAGCUUUUCAAUGCUCAGAAAGAUAUUUGAAGCAUUUACGUCCUCAAAUGUUAGGAUCCAGUAAAACCUAUACAACUCUAAUACAACAUAGAGCUAUACCACAAACAAUUCUCAAUUCAGAUCAAAAUUCAACAUGGACAAAAGAUGAAGACUCAACUCUCCUCCAGUUGUAUUUAACAUAUGGAUCCAAUUGGGAGUUAAUAGCUAAUCGCCUAACCACUAGUGGUAGUUCGCAUAAAAAACGAACUGCUGUAGAUGUAAGACAACGAUAUGAAAAAGUUGUUCUCCAAUAUUGGCCCAAUUCUGAUCAAGAAAAUCGUCCACUCUCUAGUUUGCUGUUUCGUAAUUCGUUAUUAUCCUGGUCAAAUAGUCCUAAAAAUAACAGUACUCACAACAACACAAGUUCAAAUGAUCAAUCAAUAAUUAGUAAGAACAUUUCUCGACCUACCUAUCUAAUCCCAUUAUCUUCAUUAAAGUCGAAUUACGAUUCUACAACAAAUGGAAAUUGGAAAAUUCGUCUGACCCAACCUAUUCAUCAUCAUGAUUCAGGUUUUAGUGAAUCUGGUUUGUCGAACAGUGUCCAGUCUGGUGGAAGUAAUUCUCAGCAAUCUCUGAGGUAUUCGGUUGUGACGACUUCCAUCAGUUCCCACAAUUCCUUAUUAUCUACAUCGACUCCAGUGGAUUUAAUUAAAAAUGGUCCAUUAUUAUCUAGUCCUGAUAAAUCUCAAUUCAGUCUACCAUCAUCAUCAUCAUUAUUUAUCAAAUCAAAUUCACCUAAAUUACUUGAAUCUAGUAUAAAUGACGAUCUCACUAAUUCUCCUACUUCUUCGUUUUCAUUUAAUUUUUAUAAUAAUCAUAAUAAUAAUAAUAAUAAUUGUUCAUCAAAAACAACCUCUCCAUUAAAAUCAAUUCAUCAGACAACAAAUGGAUCAUUAAGUGUUCUGAUAACUGAUGAUAACAACAGUAAUAAUACUAAUAAUAAUCAUUUUGUUAUACAAACACCUACAAAAGCAUUAAGUGAAGCUGAUCAAUUAUCAUUUCAUUUAACUAGUCCACCAGCUGUUUUAGGUUCUGCUGGUCGUUAUCCUGUUACUAAUUUAAAUCAUAAAACAACAGAUUUAGAUAAAACUCCAAUUGGUUCAAGAAUUCCACGUUGUUCACAAAUAAGAGGAGAUGGUGCACCGUUACGCAGACCACUCUGUACCAGGUUGUUUGAUAAUAUUCCAAAUAAUACUUCUCUUCCUUCAACGUCACUUUCUUCAUCGUUUACAGUUAGUAAUACUAAUCGUAAUAAUUUGUCCGAGAAAACUUUCUCAACGUUAUCCUCUUCAACAACAUCAUAUAAUUCCUGUGAUGAAGCUAAAUGUAUAGCUAUUCUUACAGCCAAAGCAACUGUUUGGAAUCGAGCACUUUUACCAACCACUUCUACAUCAACAACUGCGACAUCUUCAUUGUCAACAUCUCAAAAAUCUCAUCUUUCUUAUUUUACUACGAAUAAUAAUAAUUGUAACAGAUUAUUCAAUGAGAAUGAAUUCAACAUGAAUCCAUAUCAUUCUCUUAACUUUUCAAUUUCUAAAGAUACAAUGAUGAAUUAUCAUAAUAAUCUAUAUCCUUAUAAAUCAUAUUCUCAAAUAGUUAAUAAUGAUGUUAACUUUAAUCCUCCAUUAAAACCAUUAAAAUUCCCUGCUAGAAAACAACCUCAUUUAACACUUCGACGUAUUGUACAAAUUGCUAAUGAAGAUGAUUGGCAAGAAGUUGCUUAUGGUAAUAGCUAUGCUUCUCAAACAUUAAUUCGACUAGCUAAAUCAUUUACGAACAAUUAUCAACAACAACAAUCUAUUAGUGAAUUAAAUGAUCUCUCAUCUCAUUCAUCAUUAUCUUCACCAUUAUUGCCUAUAAUAAAGAGAACAAUAUCAGAAGAAUCAAUUAAUCAUUAUUCAAUUGAUCAUCAAGAUUGUUUCUUGGAACUAGAACAACCGAUGGACAAUUAUUAAUGAGAAUUAUACUCUUUUUAUCUUUACUUCAUUCACUUCGUUUUUAAUACAGUAUAUUUUAAAGUGUGACAACUCGAACUGAUGUACGUACGUACGUACGUACGAAGUUCUACGUUGUUACUGACUGACUGACUGAUUUUAAAGUGUGACAAAUACAAUCCCAAUUGGGUUAUAUAUAUAUUUAAUAGUUUCAACAUUCUCGUUUCAUUUUAUUUAACAGUGGAUUAUUAAUUUGUAAUCAUAUGUUAGUUGGUUAGUAAUAGGAAUGAGUUUUUUAUUCGAUUUGGUCAAGAAAGAAUUUUUGUUUCAUUUCAGUCUUUUUUUUCCUCAUAUUCUCCCAUACCACUCAUUACUACAACUCCCUGAUCUUCAUCUUAUGAUGAUAUAGUAUACUGAUAUGAAAACCAAAAUGAUGUACUGUACCGUUUUGAGUUCAAUCACUCUUUCAUGUCUACAUACUUUCUACCGCUAUUGUUACUUUUCUUGAGAAUUGCUAUUUAUCAUUUGAAGCUGGUUUAAAAAUAACCACAGUUUCUAGUUUUCUUUCUUUGAUCAGAUAAUAUCAAUUCAUGUGAAUGAGUAAAUUUACGAUGUUAAUGUUAAUAAAGAAUUAAAUGGAUUUGAUCUGAAAGUGUAUAUAUGUGUGUCGAUGUAUUCGAUUUCACUUCAAUCUCUAUUAUCAUUAUUCUUUAGCCAUGAUCUUCAUAGUUUUAUAUGUGAUUUUCACAGGAAAUCACUUAUCAAUUUGAUAUUAUAAAUAUGUAUCAUUUCUCAUCCUUAUUCCGAGUGAUUUAUAUAUACUAUUGAAAAAAAAAUUUAUCAUAUUAC